AUGCUUCCGACUCCCUUUUCGAGAAGCGGCCCGCCACGGGGGGCCGGGCUCGUCGCGUCUCUCGUCGGCAGGGUCAGUGUCAAGGCGGCAGGUGUCUAGCCCGGCGCCCCGGUCACCGUUGUUGGCUGCCCGGCCGGGAUCGUUGAAGCGGCCAUCUUCGUGGAGUGCUACGCCGGCGGCGAAAAGGCAAGGGCUAUUAACAUUAUGGCCCAUGGAUCGUAGUGUACGAGCAGGGACCCCGACGCCUUCUCUGCGCGCAAGCUCUCCGUCGCCUAAGCUACGCUCUACACAUCUACCCUUCACGCCGCGCUCCUCUCCGAGACCUGGUUCUAGCUCGCGACCCCAAAACAAGUGUAGCGGCAGCAGCAGCACCAGCACCCCAAGAAGACCGUCCACGCCCACCCUCGGACGGCAAGGGACAAGCAUCCCCUCGG